CAGGAGGUGUGCUGGUAGUGAACGUGUGGUGCAGCAGGCCAGUCUUGGCGACAUGGUGAAGGUCCAGAAGUCCACUAGGAGGAAGAGCUCUCACUGUCCCCGCAGACUGGAGACUGGUGGUCAGACGGAGAUGGAGGAGGUCCAGCCCCAGUCAGGCACCGAGCCUCCGCCACAGGAGGAGCCCCAAGGAGGAGAUCUGUCCUCCGAUGAAGCCCAUCUCCAAACCUCUGCUUUAGUUUUGCCGUCGGAGAGCUUGGACCAGAAGGAAACUCAGAUGGACGUCGAGGAAAAGGGAGACUCUGCUGCCCAGCUCCAGGCCAAGCCGCUGUGGAAGCCCAUUCCCCCUCUGCUGCCCGAGCCCCGCAGCAGCAGCACAUCUGAGACCAGGGACCAGAGCUGCCAGACUGAGGAGCAACUUCAGCAGACCAGCGCAGGCAGCCACGGUCAUAACACAGGUCUCUGUGUGGAGCCCGGAGAUCCUCCUCUGCUCCAGCAGCCUCUGCAGACCUCCAAGUCCGGGAUUCAGCAGAUAAUUGAGUGCUUCCGUUCAGGCACGAGUCAGCUGAAGCACAUGCUGCUGAGGGAGGUGGACACCAUCUUUGAGUGUAAAGUGUGUCGCAGUCUGUUCAGAGGCCUGCCCAACCUCAUCACGCACAAAGAGUACUACUGCCUAUCACGGCUGCCGGAGCCCGACGGUUCGUCAGGUGACGACAGACAGAGUGUAGCCAUGAAGGAUUUAUUGGACGCCAUAUAUCCCAGAGUCCCAGACUACGUGGUCAGACUGGAGCCCAUUCAAACCACUACCAAGGCCGUGUUCCAGUACCUCACCACAGAGGAGGAGCUGGCCAGAUAUCCAUCGCACACACCAAGUGCCAGAGAAAGUCCUGUAGCAUGGGAAGGCGAACAAGUGGAGGGUGUGGACACCAACCAGACAAGCCAGCCGGGAGGAUCAGAGAACCACAGCAGCCCGGGACACAAUCAGGGACAGAGGAGAUGGGAGGCUGAGGAGGAGGCUAAAGAUGAGCAGCCACAGCAUGAAGAUGAGGGUUCCACUAGUGGGGUUGAGGACGUGACAAUCUCCUGUUGUCUGUGCGGUCAGGACUUCAACUCACGCCGGAGCAUCAGACGCCACUGCCGCAAAAUGCACCAGACCAAACUGGAAGAGCUUCGAAAGUUCACAGAGACACGUACAGUGCCCACAAGCCUGCUCUCUAUGGUGAAAGGUCGGCCAAGGACUCUCAGCACACCGACUGGAAAAUCCUGCCCAGUGUGCCUCAAAACCUUCGCCACCAAAGCCAACGUACGCCGUCACUUUGACGAGGUGCAUCGCGGUCUACGGAGGGACACCAUCACACCCAGCAUUGCCUCGCGGCCUGGCCAGCCCUUCUCUCUGGAGGUCACACCCCCCAGGAAGAGCAACAAUGCCUCUCCAACCCGCGCCCCCAACUCCAAGCCCACCCCUGUGAACACUAAACCGACGCCUUCAAACCAAAACCAGCCCAAACCUCAGAGUCCGGCCUCGAACUCUCAACAGGCAACCACAGCCUCGUGUCGCUGCACGCUCUGCAAGAGGAACUACAGCUCGCAGCUCAUGUUGAAGAGACACAUGCGUAUUGUCCACAAAAUAUACAGCAUCAAAAGUAACAGGCCCUCUACCACUCCAGCCCCCUCUACUCCGGCACCGACUCCUAACAGUACUAACGUAGGCACAAGCAACAGUGUCAGAGUAAAAGAGGAAGCAGUGGAGCACUCAGAAGAAGAAGACGAUGAUGAGGAGGAGGAGGAUAUUGACAGCAGUCCAGCCCCGUCACCCAGUGACAGCACUGGGACAGCUAAAGGUGUUCCUGUGGCACAAAGCCCCAUGAAGGUGAAGGAGGAGGAGGCCCCAUCAAGCCCGAAGAUGACGGCAUCCUUUCCACCGUCAUCCUCGCGCGGUGGCAACAUGUGUAGCGGGAGCCUGCCUGCCAAAAUGACCAAAUUGUCAGUUGGUUUUGACUUCAAGCAGCUCUUCUGCAAACUGUGCAAGCGACAGUUCAGCUCACGUCAGAACUUGACAAAGCACAUUGAGCUGCACACAGACGGCAACGACAUCUUCAUUAAGUUCUACCGCUGCCCUCUCUGCCGCUACGAGUCACGCCGCAAACGCGACGUCCUGCGCCAUGUGACUGUGGUCCACAAGAAGUCGUCUGCCUACCUCGCCAAGAUCAUGCCCAAACUGGAGAGCAGGGCGGUGAAGAGGCUAGCUGAGGUAGUCCUCAACAGUUCCACCCCCACCAAGAGGACAAGUAGCGUCGCCAAAGAGGAAGUGAACGGACGUCACGCUUCUUCAUCCUCCUCUUCCUCUUCUCCCUCACCUCCUAUCACUCGCAAGCAAGAGUGCCCCACAUCUGCCCCAACCACCUUAUCAGCCACCUCCUCCUCGGCCCCGCCUCCUGCUGCUGUCACUCGGAAACAGCUGGACCUCUCGUCACCAGCUUUCAUCCCGUCCCCUCCUGUCACCCGCAAGCAGGAGAGACAGCAGACCCACCCGCCUCGUCCCAUCAGCCCCCCGCUGACCCGCCGCAGUGAAAAACACACACAUCAACGCAACUCCUCCUCCACCACCACCAGCUCGGCCAGCAAUCAAACCCCACACACCCGACGACACGACACUCAGUCGGAGAGCAGCGGCACGGGGUCAUCGUCCUCCACUGAAGUCAGAGUGACCAAGAACUUCUCCCUGCACGCCUGCGACCAGUGUGGACGAGCCUUUGCCAAGAAGCUGUACCUAGAGUCUCACAAGCGAAGUCACCGUAAUGCAGCGACGGCAGCAGCCAGCCGGAGGAAAGGAGUCAGCACCCGCUCCAAAUCCCUGGUCUGGUGAAACACACAUACUUCCACCAGGGAUAACGGACAAGCGAGCCUCUAACAAUGAAGAAGUGAAUCAAAACGUUCAAUUGGGAAUAUAAUAGAUGAACGGAACGAGCACGGUGCAGAGAUGAAGGAAACAAACCAAGAAAGGAACAAUGGAGCACGACAGAGGAGUGAAGUACAAAGGAUUUCCACCUUUUGCUUACGAACCACAUAUAUUGUUGGAAUCUGACAUUGUUUGUUUGUAUAGUUUCAUUAUGAAGCCAGCCAGCUUGCUGGACGGUGGCGCUGCUAUCCACUGAGAGACUGUAGGAACGGAAGAAUAACCACCACUGCAUUCAUCUAUAUUUACUUACAACUGCAUGUAAGUAUAGAUCCAAAUGCAGAUGGCUGAUUCGUACUGCUUUGCUCUUAUAAGCAAAAGGAUGAAGGUACACUAUGGAAGUGUGUGCUUGUGUGUGUGCGUGUGUUUGCGGGUGUGCGAGCAUUUGUGAGAAAGACAUGGAAUCCGGACUGGAUCCACAGAAAAAAGACUGGAAACUUUUUUUUUUUUUUUUUUGUAGAAAGCAUAAUUUGAUUGGACCCUCGCAGUCCCACACAGAUAUUCAAAACAUAUUUGGGUCCUUGGCUGUAAGCAUUUUAUUCCUUUUCUGUAUAUUCACACCUUACUUAGUGUUUCUAGGGUGUUUACAAGUUGAUAUAUUCAAGACCACUUGACAGUUCAAUGCUACAGCAGAUAACAGAUGAUACAUUUUUUCCUUCACUUGCAUUUUCUUAACAUGAUUCCACUGAUAGUUGGAGCACAGUUGCUUCCUGCUAUCUAAAGGCACACACACACCAAACCGACAGCAGAGAACUAGUAGCCAUGAAGGCCAAGUGUUGCGUCGCCUGAUGUUGCCUGUGUCUCGGCCAAAAAGUUGCCAACCAGUACAUUCGUUCUGCGCCUGUAUGAGAGGCAGUAAUUCUCCAUACCAGUCGGCGGCGUAUUUGUCAUUCAAAAAGGGAAACCAGAAGUUUGACUGGAUGUAUUGAAGAAGCUAGUUAGGCAGUUAGCACAUUAACAACACAACCUGAUGUUGAAAGAACAAAGGAUAUUUACUGUGUGCCAGCGAACAAUAACAAACAGCUAUAAACCGUUUCUACUAAAGAGCACAAUCGCUAAAACAGUAAUCUUACCUAAUACAAGACUUCAGUUGUUUACUUUCCUCACUUCUGUGUUUCUUCUCAUACACUGAGCUCAACUGCCAAACAGAGUGAUUUAUUCACCAACCAUCUCUGACACCAACUCAAUAUGUUGAAUCAGCCACAGAAAAGACAGUAAGGGCCGACUAGUGCCAGCGGUGCACAAGAUGCUGCGAAAAGUAGGGCGACGGACGGCCUGACGUUUAUCAAAGGCUGACUGUUGGCUUGGUGUGUCAGGGGCCCUGCAGAGCCAUUUCCACCUAUCAUUCUUCAUAAGAUUAGCUGCCUGCCUUACAGUUGAAAACUACCUUUAUGUUCUCAUGUAAAUGUUGCGACUGAGAGUUGUAAUAUUAUUCAUGUACGAAGUCUAUAGACUGAUUAAUUUGUAUCUGCUCUACAGUGACCAACAGCAGCUUGGGUAAAUUGUUCAUUAAUUACAGGGUACAGACACAGUAAGGGAAGCCCUGAAGUAUAUGUUUUAGUUUUCCUUGAAAAUUGUGUGUUUGCUUUUUUAGAAAACAACCGAAAAACUGUUAUCAAUUUCCAGAGAUCAAUUCUGUUUUCUUCACGUGUUGCUGUUAAGUUCUGCCUUUUAUGUGUGACUGCAUGUAAACAAACCAUUAGUUAAGGGUGUGUCCUUCACUCUGAUCAUAUCCUGGUUUACCUCCAUGUAUUAGCUGACUUAUUUGUCCCAGUAAUCGCCUGGUUGUAAGAAAGCAGUCAAGCUUUGUGAGGCAAGACCUCAAUGAGAGACUGUUUAUACCUGGUAUUAACAUACGCUCCAGUGAUCCCAACACAAGUGGACAGCCGAGACACUUUGCCGUUCACACCUGUGUCUGUCUUGUGUCUUCAGUUGACUGCUUGUUCAGAUUUCAUUACUGCCCUGCACGCAGCUAUUAAAUCUGUACUCUCAACACUCAUGUUAGCUUCUGUCGGUACAGAUGGAGAUAUCGCUGUCAGCAGAAAUAAUGGACGUUCAUUAAUCACUUCAUCUAACUUUUGGAAAAAUGGGCAAGUUAGAGACUGCUGUCACCAAAAUAGCCACCACGUCCUGCAUUAAUGACAUAGUCAUCGUCGGGGAUGUAUUAGGAUACAUUUGUGUUCGGCCCUGAUCACACAGAAAGUGUUUUAGCAGCUGGAGGCGCCUAUUUGUAAUAAUUUUUAAUGAGAAUGAAGCUUUUUGCUUGCAGUUUUUGCGUUGCGACGUUCCUCGCGUGUCUGCCCUCUAAGCGCCUGAUGAACUUCAACACAAAGCAGAAAAACGCUCCACAUCUCUUUUUUCGUCACAUUUUUUUCCAUUAUCCAAUCAGAUGAUUUGAGAGGCGGGCCUUCUGUGGUGGUCACGACAACAAGUUUACAGUUGGUAAACAAUGGAGGAGAAACUGGUGGUAGCAAUUGCUGGAUACCCAGAGCUAUACGGCCUGACAGCAGACAGCAGGUUGUCAAACUGCCCCAGAGUCAUCAUUGAGGGGAAGCUCCUGGACCAACUGGUGGUACUCCCCGUGAUCCACCCUCUUUUUUAGGGUCUCAUGUACCCACACAGAUCUGUUUCCCUGUGCCCAACAAACUAUUUACUGACAGCCUCUCACCCUCAACCAGAGCUACAGCAGGUACCCUCUGCCUCAAAACUAGAUGCUAAUUACUGUCAAAUACCUAAAACAGAAUGAUUACACAGGUAGGUUAAAAUAAGGAGGUGAGUCCGUGGUUGCCUGGCAACAAUACAAAGGUGCAGCAAGGGCUUUUUAUCACAAGUGGCGGCCAAUUAAAACAAUAAGGCAGUGCAGCGUGUUUCGUGCUUUUCACCUCCAUGUGUGAACGGAUAACCCAAGUCGAUGUUAACACCAGGUAUAAACAGGUCCAAAGAAAUCAGUCUGUGAACUGAGGGAGUCUUGUUCUGAAAUGAGACAACCAUUUUGGGACAAAAAGUGACACAGAAUAACCAAAAUCCGAUAAAUGGCACUAAGUAUGAUGAUUUGAAACGAUGCCAGGUGCCACGAGCAAAACAUUCAACCUAUCAAAUUAAUACCCUAUUACCACCUAUGGUUAAUCACUUGUGUGAGAAUUUAAUUUUCAGAGAGCAGGAAAAGUGGGACUGCACAUAUUAUAAAGGAGUAAAGUGUGUUUGAACAGGUUGAUGUUACAGUAACAGCCACAACACAUCAGAUAUCAGAAACCAUUAACUGGAAGAAUUGCUUUUCUGUGUUCGGUGAAGUAUCGUUGACCACCGUCAUCUCGCUUGUCGCUCAGCGGUAGCUGACCCUAGAUAAUAUGUUGACAUGUCAGCUGUAGUGCCUCAGCAGCAGGUGUAACAGGAUUGAGUCAACACCGGCUGUUUGUGAAUUUGUGGUGCUAUUCUUGAUUAUGACGGGCCAAAAUGUGGGAGCUGGGGAAAAGAGAAAGCAACACGCCCUGGCAAGCUGAACAGUUCUGUUCUCUGAACUUAAAAGUUUACAUUAAACUUUUCGUUCCAUUAAGAAAAAAGCCAGGAGUCAUUCAUGUAAACCUUGUUAACUUUUGUUUUGUGCUCAAACUUAAGGGGGCUGCGUUUCUUUAACGACAGCAACAGGUACCCCGAGGUAGUCUUUGAAACACUGGCACACGAGUUGGGAGGAAAGUGCUUGAGGAAGACCAAAUGUAGAUAUGUCUUAAUGUUCAAACAGAAAGCCAUGAAAUGGAACAAAACCAGAUAGGAAAGACCAAACUUUAUUUUUAUAAGUGAAAACGCUACCGUGACAAGGUCUUGAGAACAUGUAUAUAUGGAAUUAUCCUGCACGGAUGGUAUAAAUAAUAGUUAUAAUAGUCACAAUAGUUAUUGACUUAUACUUAACUGUUGAUUGACCAUACGCUUCGAACAUGUCCAACUAGUUACCGCUGUGUCACUGUUUAAUACUGAGGCAAGUUUGUUCCACGAUUAGUUGUCUUUUUUGUAUCUCAUUCCUUUUUGAAGGAGGUUUUUGUUGGAAUGUGUCAAGACGAGAACAGAAAUCAAACCUCAAAAGACUUGUCUUUUUUUUGUUUUGUCAUUUUCUUUCCUCAUCAGCUGUAAUAUGUUAUUAAGCUCACCUUCUAGAGAUCUUGAGAAGAGUUAGAGAAGCCUUUCAAAUGUGACAAGAAUGUUAAAACCAACCACUUAAUAAAUAAAAAUGUACUGCUUCAA